AUGGUGAGCGUAGAAGAGAUCCGCAAGGCUCAAAGGGCUGAAGGACCCGCCACCAUCAUGGCCAUUGGCACUGCAAAUCCAUCAAACUGUGUUGAUCAAAGCACUUACCCUGAUUUUUACUUCAGAAUCACUAAUAGCGAGCACAAGACCGAACUUAAAGAGAAAUUCAAACGCAUGUGUGACAAGUCCAUGAUUAAGAAGCGAUACAUGUACUUAACAGAAGAGAUCUUAAAGGAGAACCCAAAUCUUUGUGCUUACAUGGCACCUUCCCUUGAUGCUAGGCAAGACAUGGUAGUAGUGGAAGUACCAAGAUUAGGGAAAGAAGCUGCAACAAAAGCCAUAAAAGAAUGGGGUCAACCAAAAUCCAAAAUUACCCACUUAAUAUUUUGCACCACUAGUGGUGUAGACAUGCCUGGUGCUGACUACCAACUAACCAAACUCCUAGGACUUCGCCCAUAUGUGAAACGAUUCAUGAUGUACCAACAAGGAUGUUUUGCAGGUGGCACAGUGCUUCGUUUGGCCAAAGACUUAGCUGAAAACAACAAAGGUGCUCGUGUACUUGUUGUUUGUUCAGAGAUCACUGCAGUCACAUUUCGUGGCCCUACCGAUACUCACUUAGAUAGCCUUGUGGGACAAGCAUUGUUUGGCGAUGGAGCAGCUGCACUCAUUGUUGGGUCAGAUCCAGUUCCAGAGAUUGAAAAACCUUUAUUUGAAUUGGUAUGGACUGCACAAACAGUCCUUCCAGAUAGUGAAGGUGCUAUUGAUGGCCACCUUCGUGAAGUUGGGUUAACAUUUCAUCUCCUUAGAGAUGUUCCUGGACUCAUCUCAAAGAAUAUUGAGAAAGCUUUGGUUGAAGCAUUUCAACCAUUAGGAAUUUCUGACUACAACUCAAUAUUUUGGAUUGCACAUCCUGGUGGACCAGCUAUUCUAGACCAAGUUGAACUUAAGUUAGGCUUAAAACCUGAGAAGAUGAGAGCUACUAGACAUGUGCUUAGCGAAUAUGGUAACAUGUCAAGUGCAUGUGUUAUAUUCAUACUUGAUGAGAUGAGGAAGAAAUCAAUUGAAGGUAAGCUUAAAACUACUGGCGAAGGACUUGAAUGGGGUGUGCUGUUUGGCUUUGGACCUGGACUUACUGUUGAGACUGUUGUUCUCCGCAGUGUCACUGUUUAAGAUUUAUACUUGUUAUUUUUUAUAUUAUGUAUUGCUGAGUUUAUUUCACUUUUAAAGUUUUUUUCUUAUGAUAAAUAAAAAGUGGCUAAUAGCCACUCUUAAUU